AAGGAUCUGGGCCCUGCAGGCCCCUGGAGCGCGAAGGCGGCGGCUGCGGCGCGGAGGGCUCUGCGCGGCGGCCGUGGGAGCUCCCGGGCGGCGGCGGCGGCGGCGGCGGCGGUGGUGGUGGCGGUGGUUCUCCGGGGCUGGACGCCGUGAGGGGAGGAAGCGGAUUUUCCCAGCAAGAUCUCCAUGUACAGCCACAUCUUUAGGGCCGCUCGGGUUAAUAUAUGUCGUCAGAGGCUCCUCACGCCAAUCCCGGGGCGGCGGGGGCGGCGCCUCGCGCUCUCCGCAAUAAAACUUUUUGAUGUUCUUGUUGCUAAUUGCCGAGGUCCUCGUCCAGGAUUGGCUGCCCCUUCAUAACCAGAAGAUAAUUAAAACGAAGGGGGGGGCAGGGUUAAAAAAACUUUUUUAUCAGCCGGAGGUUAAUGCAAGUGUUUAACAGAUGCUUCACUAUUAAAAUAUUUUCCCCCCAGGUCUCAAAUACUGAAGAAUCUUAAACCAGGUACGGUAUUUCUCUGCUUUCUUUUCUGGUUAAAAAAAGGAAGCAGAUAUUGCUUUUCGAAGUGUUUUGUAGGUAACAGGCAAGAGCAGAGCAGCAGGCGCAGUUCUUUGCUGGGCGGGAGAGAGGCGGCGGGCUGCGGCCCCCUCCUAACCACCCCCCCGGAGGCGCGUCUCCGCCGGCCGAGGCGGGCGCGGGGCGCAGGGCAAGGCUGCGGCUUUGACCUGGGCACAGACUGGAAACGCGCGUCUCUGCGUCGCUAGACUUACCCACCUCGUUACCCAGGCCAGGGCCCUCUUGGGGAGCUUGUGUUAUAUUGACUACUUUUGGAAAUCGUGGUGAAGACCCCGGGACAACGGUCAAGAUUGUAAAUACUCUCAUUUCGAUGUUCUGCAGGGACGCCAGCCCUAGCGCAGACCUUGGGCGGUUUCAAAGCGCAGGGCACCUCGAUUCCCCGAAUUUGUUGUGUGGCCGGUAUCGGUGUUCCCCAGGUUUAACUAGCCUGUCUGAAAGCGCAGAUCAUUCUGGGAGAAGUACCACCGAAACCAGUUCUCCCUGCCCCUCGGGGUCUCCAUUUUCCCAGUCCACCUCUGCCUGGGACUCCAGAAAGACAAACUUCCGAAGAGCCAAGCGACCAGAGCUAGUGCCGGAGGCGGACAUCGUCUCGCAGGGAACGGACCUCAUCAUCAAGUCCCCGGGAGAAGCGGGGAGAAAGCUGCUUGGACGGACCGAGCAUCCAAGGGCUCCGCGACGCCGGCGUGGGAUGGAGAAAAGGGGGACCAGCCUGGCUUGGCCUCCCCUGGGCCAUCUACCUCCUGAGCUGCCAAGCUAGAGCCUGGCCGAGUGGGCGCAGGCUCCCCGAGGACUGGUUUUCUCUGAGCCUUGGUGUCCGCAUCUGAGCAAUGGGGUAAUGAAGCUGGCUGCGAGGAUGCGCUCGUAGUUGAAUGAGACCGAGGCGCGCACGGGGCUGGACGCUGAACACAUGGGCUUUUUCUGCGCGCAGUAAAUAUGUGUGUGUGUUUUCUCUUCCCGCCUCCUGAGUGUCUAGCCUUCUCUUUCAGCCGCCGGGACCCCCAGUCGGGGGUUUUGUCGGAGGGCGCCGCGGGGCCUCGGGGGCCGAGGGGAGGAGGGAGAUGCGGGCGCGGGCGGAGUUCAGGCCGCGGCCGCCGAGGAGGUCGCCGCGCGGGGCGGGACCGGACGGAUCCCUGCUCCCUCUCCUACCCUCUCUGGGCUCCAGGGCUUUUGCCUGAAGCGGGCAGGAAGGGGUUAAAGGCGCCCCUCCCCCUCCCGCGCCCGCCUCCCUCCCCCCGCCCCAGCUCUUUUUUCCCGAGGUCUCAUUAGGGAACCCUCCCCGCUAUUUUCAACAUUUCCUCAAUCAAGGGCCUUUAAAUAGAGCUGCACAAACAAAUUGGCGGCAAAAGCGUAGAUCUUGUCACGAUUGAGACCGACCCAAUAUUUCAGCCUUGUUUGCUUUGCAAUUACUGACAGGCUUUUGGCUACGGUGCCACCGGGGCAAAUCGGCCGCCGCCCGCUUUCUCUCGGCACCGGGCGGCGGAGGAAGGACCGGCGGAGCCGGCGCGGGGCGAGGAGGAGGCGGGGAGGGGGCCGGGGCUGCAGGGCCGAGCUCUGGGGCUUCUCCUUCCCAGGGGAGCGUCUGGGGUGCACGCGGUGUUAACGCGCCGGACAGCGCACACGUGGAGUCCAGUGUGUACACUUGCCCAGCUUCCUUUCUCCCCCUUUCCGCUCCACUUUUUUGCAUCCCAUCCCGUUUUCCUCCUGCACUUCUAGGCGGUUACCGGAUUUCCCUCCCUCUCUCUCUCUAGCUAGCCUGCUCGGUCCCGUUUUCCUUGGCUGCUUAUUCUGAUUUGAUUUUGUGCGCGAAGUCACUUUAGCUCGGCUGCCGGAAGAUGAGGCUCCGAAGCCUUUGGCGGUGCUCCCGGGGGCGUGGGGCCGCCCACCCCUUCUUCAACCUGCGCUUUGGGACACAGCGGGCCAGCCGAGCUGGUCUCAGCAGAACAGUAGUUAACUCGAAUCAGGUCCUAAGCCUGAUAUUUCACAGACAAUUAAAUCUUGGCUGCUGUUUCACAAAAUUGUAAUAUUUACCCUGCUUUAUACCGAGGAGCACUUUUAAAGUCAAAAACAAAUACUACAUUUCCAAAGGAAAAUAUGAUAAUAAAUCUCUUUUUUAUGGAUUCUUUCUGCAUAAGUGGAAACCACAUGAUUUAACUCCUGGACGCCCCCCCCCCCCGCCCCUGCCCCCAAUUCAGGCGCAGCUGAAGUUACACAGAUACAGGCUUUUAGUACACAUUCUCUGUGUUGGGGGGGAGGUACCUGCGUUUGUCACGUUCAGUAUAGUUUACAAGGUUUCACAUCCCAUCCUAACCCGUGUAGCUGAGUGCAACAGGGAUUAUAAUAUAAUUAGGUCUGGGUUGUGAAGUCCAUUUUCACCGAGAUUCUGAAAAGAUGGGCAUGCCAGGCAAUUAAUCCGUAGCUUCAUAUUACUUUCUAAAUGACUACCCAUUUCCUACCCCUGUCCGGUUGAGAAAGUUGAGGCUGAGAAAUAGUUUUAUGAAACUCUGAGGUACAUGUUAAAAUAUGCUUCUUUAUUAUUUAAAAAUGCUUAAGAAUCUACAUUUAUUUGCGAGUGGUUAUAAAAGAAAUUCAUAGCUGUUCUUGCCAGUUAACAAUCUCUUUUAUGCUCUAUUGUUGUUUAUAAUCACACCUUCUUUCUUCAAAAUUAAUUUCCUAUUGUCAUGUUUUGUUUCUCGACUUUAUUGAAAGGAAACUUCAGAAAUGAAGGUUUCAUGAAAUUGUGUGAUGCAAAGUCACAGAAUAAUGUUUCAAGUCCAUAAGUUAUUCGCACCCACGUGCAUAUCUCAUGCAAUUUUCUAUCUGAGAUUGCUUUAGUAUUUCUAGAAGAAACACAAAGCAGUAGCUAGAAAGGGUACCAUUUCUUAAGAAUUCUUCCUUCACCAGAAGAAUUGGUCUGACAUAUUAUUCAGUGCACAAAUUAUAUUACUUUCAUGUGUGUUAAUCUGUUUGGUAUUAAAACUGCUAGCGUCUUUUAACCAUUAACAUGUUUUACCACUCCACUUUCAAAUUCGUGAUCUCAGAUAAUUAUAAAGAUUUUGAUGUUAAUCCCACAUUAAGUGAACAACUAUGAAAAUACCCUGAAAGCAUUAUUAUGCUUAUAUAAAUGCCAGGGAACAUAAUUGUACAGGGAACACGAUUACUUUUUUAUCUGCCAUUAUCCUACAGGGAUAUGCAUUCACUUCAUUUUUAAUCAGGGCAGUUGUCAAUGACUUUUUAACACAGCGUUUUUUUCAACACAACAUUUUGGAUUGCCUACAAACCACAAGCAACUUUGUCCUGACAGAUACAUGUUUUUCUUUCAUUGUUAUUCAUUAGCUUCUUUGCAAACUCACUAAAAUAGGAUAAUAUAAAAAUAUAGAGAAUAAUUAUUAGACUCUACAUAUUUAUUUAGUUUAGCUAAUGUUAUUAAAAUAAAAAACAUGUGCCUGGCAUAUAAAUGUUUCUUUAAGAAUUCUUUUUUGGAUGCAUAGUUAUUAUUUUUUAAACCAACUCAGACUUUCAAAUACUGACUUUUUGCUUCUAAACAGGCAUUGCAUUGUUUUAAACAGUAGCUCCUGGAACAGUACUACCCUUCCUAUUUUAGACUUCCAAACAACAAUUGGAAUUGGCUAAAUACUUUCAGCUGGGAGCACUUUCCUACUACCUUUGUAGGUAACAGGAGUCCCUCCUUGUGCUGGGUGACAGACAGACAGCGCACUGGACAUUCAGAUUCUACCCUUUGCAGACCCCACCAGAAAAUGGAGUUUUCCUAUAAGAUGGCUGUGGUCCAUCUAAAAAAAAAAUUCUAUGAAGAUGUAAAAUCAGAGAAAAUGAGUGAGUGCUUUUUCUCAUGACAGUUAUGAAGUGAUGGCUUAAAGAGGGAUACAAAAGACAAGACAGGAGGAAUGCAGAAACAUAAAAUCUGAAAAAGAAAAGUUUCCUUUGGCAAGGUCUGGCUUUCUCUAUAAACAGAAAAAGCAUAAGUUGCAUCCACAUAACCAAAGAGGUUGGGUUUUGUUUUUGGUUUUUCAAAUCAGUGAUUUCUAAGAUUUUUCACUGAGUGAAGAAGCCCCCAUCAAGGAAUGGAGGUAAAUUCUUGGUAUAGAAAAUUCUAGCUAUCUUGAUUUUUUUUUUUUUUUGGAAUGUGGACCAUUUCUAAAGUCUUUAUUGAUUUUGUUACAAUUGUUUCUGCUUUAUGUUUUGGUUUUGUGGCCAAGAGGCUUAUGGGGUCUUAGCUACCUGUCCAAACCCUCAACCCCUGUAUUGGAAGGUGAAGUCCUAACUACUAGACCACCAAGGGAGGUCCCACUACUUUAAUUUUUAAUAUUGGGUUAAACUAUAAGGAUCUUUAACUCACUGUCCUAGUUUUUUUUCCCCCUAAAUGAAUGCAUUUUGUCACAACUGGUGUCAAAAAGCAUUUCCCCCCCCUCAAAUUGGUGUUAAACUGGAGUAAUAAAGUAUAUCCAUGAGAUGAUUUCCAUAAAUUCCCACUUAUGGAGAAAAAGGUGGGAAAAAAAACAAACCUUUUCCAGGAAGAAACCAGGCAUCUUUGACUGUUAUUAAUCUGAGAUAAAAAAGCAAGAAACUGCCUCCUUGCAUUCCCAGUAACUCUUUCUGCUUUUCCAAACAUUGUUAAGUUCUCUGUAUCUUUUGCUGUUCAAGAUGAUGUCAGCAAUAAAAUUAUAGAAUCUAA